UUUGUCCAUGCCUGCCUGUCGCCAUUCAUACAAAACGAAAUGACCGGAACCGGGAAUUCAGUCUAGCUGUCCUUUCGAACUAUAUAAUAAUACUGGACAGUAAAAGACCUGCAACUCACUCAUGUCUUACUUCGCAACAACAACUUUGCACCGUGCUCUGCAUCACCUCGAGACUGCUUGGCUUUUCACGAGAUCUGACUUCAAGACAAUAAUUUUUCCCGUGAUGAUAUUUGCAACUGUCGUAUCUCCUCGCCACAACGUGCUAGCUCUAUUUUGCGCUCUCUGCUGGCUCUGGUUCCAUCUCUUUCAAUUCAACGCGUCUAACCAAUCCUAUUCUGUCCAUGAAGAUCUCUUGAACAAACCAUGGCGUCCUGUGGCGUCCGGGCGCAUCAGUGUGAAGGAUUCUCGUGCAUUGCGCUGGGCACUCGCGGUGUUCUGCUCGGGCCUUUCAUUCCUUUUCGGCUUAAAUGUCGUUAUAACCAGCGGUGUUUACACCGUGCUCGUAGUUAUGCACGACGAUUUUCUUCUCGGUCACCAUCCCAUUUUCAAGAAUUUGUGCAAUGUGGGAGGUUAUGUGACACUUGAACUUGGUUCUUUGUUGAUUCUGUCAAGGGAAUCUUCGCUCGACGGAACGAGCAUAAAAGCGCUUUCCUGCAGCGCGCUUGUCAUAUUUCUGACAGUCCAUGCGCAGGAUUUUGCCGAUGUCAAUGGUGAUCGUAGGUCAGGACGACGAACUCUGCCGAUCAUAGCGCCCGAAGGAUCUCGUAUCUAUAUGCUUUGUGCACUUCCGCUAUCUUCUUUUGCGCUUGCCUCAGUUUGGAGUUUGGGGCCUCUCUCCAGUCUUCUUUUUGUUUCUAUGAGUUCUUGGGUCGGCAUUCGCUACUAUCUCUUUCGCGACGAGAUUUGUGACCAGGCCAACUACCGUCUGUACAACAUAUGGAUCAUGGGCGUUCAUUUUUUGUCAGCUAAUGUGCGUUUUCAUGCAUUGGCGUGGUAGUGACUCGUGAGGUCAUGACCAUGGUGGGAGAAUCUACAUAGCUUCCC